AUGUCAUUCAGUCAAAUGAGACCUCAGACAUCACAGUUGGUGGAGCUCCACGUUUUUUAUGUCCCAAAAGAAGUGUGGAACUUCAAGCUGAAUACAGUUCCUGUAGCUCUUAGUAGCAAAUUCAUCUCAGCCGGAUUCAUAAGGGUAUCUCCUCACACCACAUUAAGAGCGCUACGGGAGAAGCUUGGAGAGCACCUGGGUGGAGCUGCAGUUGCAGAUAAAUUCAAGUUUUUAAAGUGCAUUGGGAAAAAACUAGCAGUGGUGAAAGCAAAGCAAGAAGCAGAACUGGAACUGAAGUCAUUUGCUCCCCCUUAUGCACUUUACCCUGAAUUAUAUUUAUUACCUGGAGUGGGAUACUUUGAAGACAUUUAUCCAUUAUCAUCAUCAACUCAACAGAGCCAUUGCUUUAAUGCAGAAGCUGAUGGAUCAAGAUUAUCCAGUCUUCCCCAACAAAAACCUGAAAAAAGCAAACAAUUUUUAGAAAGCAUAAAAAGCAGUCAUCGGAUAGAAAAUCAGGAAGUGCACAGUCCCACGAAAUGGAGUGAGAAGGAACCUGUUCCAGUUUUACACACAAAACAUAAGCAAGACCGUAACAACAGGAUUCAAGAAAAACAAAUACAGUUCACAGAUAAAGAUCAAAAUGGAUCCAGGGGAUCUGUCUUCACACCAAGUAAUUCAAAUCCUGCAGACUGGGAGGCUGGAGAGGGUGAUAUGCUAUUACAGAGCUCUCAGCAAAAUCAUCUCAGCCAGAAUCAAAAGGAGCGUAAUACUCCUAAGUGGAGCGACGGAGCCAAAGGAACUGCUCUUACUCUUUGUGUAAACCACAGUGAUGAACGAGGCCAGAGUAACCAAACACCUCAAAAUCACAUUAAAUAUCAACAGGUAUAACCUAUAUAUUUUUAUCAUUAUCCUAUUACAGAACUAAGCACCAAAUUGCUCAUUACAAACAUGGAAAAUAGUGACCACCAAAAAGUUACCAAACUAGGAAGAGACAGAACACAGGAUUCUGGAAUUCCUAAAGCAAUGAAAGACCAAACCACAGAAUAUGUACAAGAAACCCAAAGCUUACAGCAGUACAGAACUGUCAAGUCUAUAGCUGAUCCUGGUGAAAAACUGGAUAGUCAGGCACAUGAAAACAAGCAAAAUCAUCUUACUUGUCCAAAAGAAUAUAUUUCGCCUCCUAGUCCGCCUUUUCUGGCACUAUCUGUAAAUCCAGAUCAAGUUCCUGCAAUUCCGGCAGAAAGAAACAAGAUGGUAGAACAAUUGCAACAAAUGAAGACAGACAGAAGGCACAUGGAAAAAACUAGAGAAGAACUGAUCAAAAAAGCUAAAGGGCUGCUGGAACAGAAUAAGCUGAGGAGAUACCAUGUUCGUGAGGAAUGGAAAAAGAAGUACUUUGAAACUAAGAAAGCUACGGUUUCACUGGAGGAUGCUUUAAACAAACUACGACAAGAUUUAGAGCUUUACCACCAGAAAUUACUCUUGCAAUUGGAAGCCAGAGAUAGCCGGAAACAACCAAACAGUAUGACCACCUCCAAGAAUUACACAAUCAUCCGGAUUACUACAGCGCAGCAUGAACUCGAUCAGCUGAGGAGGAAGCUGGAUGAUACAAAAAUGAAACUCGUAACAGAAAUUAAGAUGAGAAAGCAGGCAGCGUCUGAUUUACGAGCCCUGAGAGCAGAACUGACACAGAAGAAGAUUCAUUCAGCUUUCAUUCUCCAGACGAGAAAAAUCAGGACUUUAAGAGGAUGA